AAAUACCACACCAAACCUAUUCGCCUCAUCCAAGUCUGUGUGACGUCGAGCUCGGCCAUGGUGGUCCUCAGCCUCCUCCACUCUCAGUCCCGAGUUGGCUCGGUCUUCCUGAUGUUUCUGAUGACUCUGUUGGUUAACUACUCUCCUCUCACCAACGCCACCGCUCCUGAGAUGAUUCUCACGGUGGUGAACAACUGUCCCUUCACCAUAUGGCCAGCCAUCCAGCCCAACGCCGGCCACGCCGUCCUUGAACGCGGCGGUUUCGCUCUUGAAACCCUAACCCACCGCUCCUUCCCUGCUCCUACCCAACACUGGUCCGGCCGUCUCUGGGCCCGAACCGGCUGCACUUUCUCCAACGGUCGUUUCUCCUGCACCACCGGCGACUGUGGUCGCCUGGAGUGUAACGGCGCCGGAGGCGUAACCCCAGUCACCCUAGCCCAGUUCACUCUCCACCACGGUCAUAACGAUCUGUCCUCCUACGCCGUCAGUCUCGUUGAUGGCUUCAAUCUCCCCAUGACCGUGACCCCUCACGAGGGUAAGGGUCUCUGCCCCGUCGUGGGUUGCAGGGCUAAUCUACUGGCCACCUGCCCUACCAACUUGGAGCUAAGAAGCCCAGCUGGCCAUGGACCUAUCGUUGCUUGCAAGAGCGGUUGUGAAGCUUUUGGCACAGACGAGCUGUGUUGCAGGAACCACUACAAUAGCCCUCAAACUUGCAAGUCAUCUAGCUACUCUGACUUCUACAAGCACGCCUGCCCUGCUACCUUCACUUACGCCCACGAUAGCCCUUCGCUUAACCAUGAAUGUUCUUCUCCCCGGGAGCUCAAGGUCAUCUUCUGUCACUGAACAGACAGAAAUCAGUGAAUGCGCUAGUAUAUAUGUUCUGAAGUUUGUCCUUGUGUUCUUGUUUUUUCUAUUUCAAAGCUUAAACCAUCUACACAAGGCAUAGAUAUGUUAAAAGCAUUAAUCAAAUCCUGGGUUUUGUAAGUUUGUUUCCUUUUUAAAUAACUUUUGAUGCAAAACCAGAGGAAGGAUGAAUCUCUAUGCAAAAUUUAUAUGGAAA